AUGUCCGCCCCUUCGAAAUCCAGAUGGGCCAAUGAAGACCCCGAAGAAGAAGCAGCCAUUGCGCAGCGCAAACGCGAAAAGGAGGAGAAGAAACGCGCCAAGGCAGAAAAACAGCGACAACUAGAGGAGAAGCAGCAGCAGCAGCAACAGUCCAAAGCAGCUGAAGACGGCACAAGGCCCACGAAAAGAAGACGGCUCUCAAAUGAUGAUGCAACUGCUGCAGACAAGCAGGAGCUUGUUGUUGAGCGAAAGAAGCUUCUGCGCUUCCCAGCCCCGGAAUGGGCGCCAUGCCGACACGUCGACAACUACGAACGACUAAACCAUAUCGAAGAAGGAUCGUAUGGAUUAGUCUCGCGCGCCAAAGAUCUGGCUACGGGCGAAAUCGUUGCACUUAAGAAAUUGAAGAUUGACAAUGCCCCCGAUGGAUUCCCCGUGACGGGCUUGCGUGAGAUUCAGACCUUGCAACGCGCAAGACACCAAAACAUAGUGUAUUUGCGCGAGAUUGUUAUGGGAAAUAGCAUGAAUGAUGUCUACCUAGUUAUGGACUUUCUUGAACAUGACCUCAAGACGCUCCUCGACGACAUGCAAGAACCGUUCUUACCCUCCGAAAUCAAAACUCUCCUCCAACAAAUCCUCUCAGCCACAGAAUUCCUGCAUUCGCACUGGAUUUUGCAUCGGGAUCUGAAAACCUCAAACCUGCUGUUGAACAAUCGCGGGGAAAUCAAAAUUGCCGACUUUGGCAUGGCGAGAUAUUAUGGCGAUCCCCUGCCGACCCAAUUGACUCAACUGGUGGUUACAUUGUGGUAUCGAUCGCCGGAAUUGCUUCUUGGAGCAGAAAAGUAUGGGGCGGAAAUUGAUAUGUGGAGUAUUGGGUGUAUAUUUGGUGAAUUGCUGAAGAAGGAACCUCUUUUCCAAGGGAGAAACGAAGUUGAUCAGUUAUCCAAAAUCUUCGCCAUUACCGGGCCCCCAACACAACAAGUCUGGCCAACAUUCCGCUCCUUGCCAAACGCCAAAUCCCUGCGUCUCCCAGCAUCUUCAACGUCGUCCACAACAUCAUCAUCAACGAAAAACCCACCUUUACUCCCACGCUCAAAUUUCCCUUACCUCACAAACGCCGGCUUACAUCUCCUCUCACUGCUCCUAGCUCUAAACCCAGCAUCUCGACCAACAGCCGCCGAAUGCCUUGAGCAUCCAUAUUUCAGGGAAGACCCUCGCCCCAAGGCGAAAGAGAUGUUCCCCACUUUCCCAUCUAAAGCUGGUCAGGAAAGGAGACGGCGCAGAGCUACGCCAGAGGCGCCCAAACAUGGCGAGGAAGCGCCCAAGUUGGAUUUUGCGAAUGUUUUUGGCGGUGGUGCUGGUGCUGGUGCUGGGGGAGAAACUGGCGCUGGUUUCACACUCAGGCUUGGCUAG